CAGGGGGCGUGGCUUGUCCACGGGCCGCACGCGGAGAGGAGAGAGCAGCCUGAGCGCGCGCUUUCCUCUCCGCUUCAGCGGAACAGCUCAACUACUUCCUCCGGCUGUGUGACUGCUCUCCAGCUCGCCAAGCCUCUGCCAGACCAGGCGGCUCGUGCAUGGAUUUCGGCCGGAUUUGUGGCGCCUGACAUGGAUGGCCCGCCGCUCGCCGAGUCGGAAGCCUGCUCCUUGGUGCAGUGAGAAGGAAGGACACGCGGCGCUUUUCCUUGAAACGGACGCGGGACGCGAGCGCGCGACUCCUCAGUGACCAUGCCGUGAUUUCUGCGCGCUGCACCCCUUCGAGACAACUAACAACAACAACAUUUUGCGGGGAGUUUUUGCAAAAUCCAAAGGAAUUAAAACGCUGUACAUUGCAGGCAUCAUGAAGAUUACCUCCCCGCUGAUAACUCAUGCGAGAUUCAGGCGAUCUGUCAAGAUCCUACUGCUGCUCGUGUUGUGUGUGGGAUACUCUCGCGGCAUGCCACAUGUUUUAAGAUUCGGAGGAAUAUUUGAAUCCAUUGAAUCUGGGCCAUCUGGUGCUGAGGAACUAGCCUUUAAGUUUGCUUUAAAUACAAUCAACAGAAACAGAACCCUACUGCCAAACACAACACUAACAUAUGACAUCCAAAGGAUAAACAUCCAUGACAGUUUUGAGGCUUCCAGAAAAGCCUGUGAUCAACUCUCUCUGGGAGUGGCAGCCAUUUUUGGCCCUUCUCACAGUUCUUCAGCCAAUGCAGUGCAGUCCAUCUGCAACGCACUGGGGGUGCCACACAUCCAGACUAAAUGGAAGCACCAAGUGUCAGACAACCGUGACUCAUUCUACGUCAGCCUCUACCCUGACUUCUCCUCCCUCAGCAGGGCCAUCCUAGACCUGGUGCACUUUUUCAAGUGGAGGAUGGUCACUGUGGUGUAUGAUGACAGCACAGGUCUUAUCCGGUUACAGGAGCUCAUUAAGGCACCCUCUCGUUACAAUAUCCGGUUAAAAAUCCGUCAGCUGCCAUCAGAGACAAAAGACACCAAGCCCCUUCUUAAGGAGAUGAAGCGAGGGAAAGAGUUUCAUGUGAUUUUUGAUUGUGGCCAUGAGAUGGCUGCUACCAUUCUCAAACAGGCUCUUGCUAUGGGGAUGAUGACAGAGUAUUACCACUAUAUUUUUACUACACUGGAUCUGUUUGCGCUGGACGUGGAGCCGUACCGCUACAGUGGUGUGAACAUGUCAGGGUUCCGUAUUUUAAACACAGAGAACAGCCAGGUGUCCUCCAUAAUUGAAAAGUGGUCCAUGGAGCGCCUGCAAGCCCCUCCCAAACCUGACUCUGGGUUAUUAGACGGCUUUAUGACGACGGAUGCAGCACUGAUGUAUGAUGCAGUGCAUGUGGUGGCCGUAGCGGUGCAGCAGUCUUCGCAGAUCACAGUCAGCUCUCUCCAGUGUAACCGGCACAAACCCUGGCGAUUCGGUAACCGCUUCAUGACGCUCAUCAAAGAGCAGUCGCACUGGGAUGGCUUGACCGGACGGAUAGAUUUCAACAAAACCAAUGGCUUAAGGACAGAUUUCGAUCUGGAUGUGAUCAGCCUGAAGGAGGAUGGACUGGAGAAGAUUGGAACAUGGGACCCUGUAAGUGGCCUGAACAUGACUGAAAGUCAGAAGGGAAAGACGGCGAAUGUCACAGACUCACUCACCAACAGAACACUAUAUGUGUCCACAAUACUGGAGGAGCCCUAUGUGAUGUUCAAGAAGUCAGACAAGCCUCUGCAUGGUAACGAUCGUUUCGAGGGAUACUGCAUCGACUUGCUGCGGGAGCUCGCCAGCAUCCUGGGCUUCGUCUAUGAAGUGCGGCUGGUCGAGGAUGGCAAAUACGGAGCUCAGGAGGAGAGCUCGGGCCAGUGGAAUGGCCUGGUGCGUGAGCUCAUGGACCAUAAAGCUGAUCUUGCAGUGGCUCCCCUAGCCAUCACCUACGUGCGGGAGAAAGUCAUCGAUUUCUCUAAGCCAUUUAUGACUCUGGGGAUAAGUAUUCUGUACCGCAAGCCCAACGGCACCAACCCCGGGGUGUUCUCCUUCCUCAACCCUCUCUCCCCCGACAUCUGGAUGUAUAUUCUGCUGGCUUACUUGGGUGUCAGUUGUGUGCUGUUUGUCAUAGCCAGGUUUAGCCCCUACGAAUGGUAUAACCCCCACCCGUGCAACCCCGACUCGGACGUAGUGGAAAACAAUUUCACCCUGCUAAAUAGUUUCUGGUUCGGAGUUGGAGCUCUCAUGCAGCAAGGAUCUGAGCUCAUGCCCAAAGCCCUUUCCACCAGGAUAGUAGGAGGUAUUUGGUGGUUUUUCACCCUCAUCAUCAUCUCCUCCUACACGGCUAACUUGGCUGCUUUCCUCACGGUGGAGAGAAUGGAGUCUCCCAUUGAUUCAGCUGAUGACUUGGCCAAACAGACCAAAAUUGAGUAUGGUGUGGUGGAGGAUGGAUCAACAAUGACCUUCUUUAAAAAAACAAAGAUCUCUACAUAUGACAAGAUGUGGGAGUUCAUGAGCAGUCGCAGGCAUUCAGUCAUGGUGAAGAGUGUGGAGGAGGGCAUUCAGCGGGUGCUUACUUCCGAUUAUGCCUUCCUCAUGGAGUCCACCACAAUCGAGUACGUCAUCCAGCGCAACUGCAAUCUUACGCAAAUAGGCGGCCUCAUCGACUCCAAAUCCUAUGGUGUUGGCACUCCUAUGGGCUCGCCAUACCGAGAUAAGAUCACCAUUGCAAUCCUGCAGCUUCAGGAAGAAGGGAAGCUGCACAUGAUGAAAGAGAAAUGGUGGAGAGGGAACGGCUGCCCGGAGGAAGAGAGUAAAGAGGCCAGCGCUCUAGGUGUGCAGAACAUUGGAGGAAUCUUCAUUGUUCUGGCCGCUGGACUUGUUUUCUCAGUCUUUGUGGCAGUUGGAGAGUUCCUCUAUAAAUCUAAACAAAACGCACAACUUGAAAAGACAUUGCCAGCUGGAGAGCCAGCAACUCUCCUUGAUGUAUGUCUCUGAAGACAGAAGGGAUUUGGUUCAUAUGCUCAGAUGACCACCAUGCUUUUCAUCUUGUCUCUCCUCUACAGCCCUGUCCUCACACACCUCAUUUCACCUCAUUUCUUUCUUUUUUGGUUUACUAAGUGCAUGGGCUAAGCAAAGAUUGUUGACACAUUUGAAACAAUAUCAGGCGUACAGUGACGUACAUCGACCUGUACGUCGCUCUGGAUAAGGGCGUCUGCUAAAUGCCGCAAAUGUAAAUCAGAAUUAAGAAGUUUGAAUAAUUAAGAAAAUACUUUAUUUUCACAUAGUGAGAAUGUGAUUUUUUUUAUUAUAUUCAAAUCUUAUAUUUGUGUCUUUUAGUGCUGAUUUAAAUUUAAUUCAAAUUUAUAUUUAUCCACAGUCCACAGAAAAUAUAUAAGUUGUUUAUAAUACAAAUAAAUACAGCAUUUGCAAAAUAAUGACUCCAUCUGUGAAUCACCAAAUCACUUUGAUGUGGUCCUAGUUCACUAGAGAAGUCUUUGGCACAGAUUAGACAUCAUUAACAUUACCUCAGCUCAGCUAUAUUCAUUCUACUUGUUAAGCUUGUAACAACAUGAAAAACAUGACUACAUACUCAGCUUUUCUUGUUGUACCUUUGUGAAAGCUUCCACUACCCAUAUGAGUUGUGAGUUCCACAUAGCCCCAAUUAGCCCCUCUCAGCAGGGCUCUGGCUUUAAGAGCCAUCUCCAGCACCCUCCAUCGAUUUCUUCCAGUGGUAUUGUUUGUUCACUGAAAGCCACCAUAUUGAUGUUUCAGCAUAGCCUGUUGUGAGGUUUUAUUCUGCAGGCAAGUCCUUAAGUUGACUUAAAAGGAGAUGUUAACCAUUGGGACACAGGACUGCUUUUAAAAGGCAACUCCAUUGAAUUUACUUAAAAACAACAAAAAUGGUUAAAAUGUUUUAUGUAAAACCAUAAUAAUAUGAUGCUCCAAGACCAGUGUAUUUUAUUAAAGGUCUGAGAGUUGGGUUUGAUGUAAAUGCUGCAUGUUGAAGUCAGUGGUUGCGGUGGGGCUUACUUUCCCACUCUUUUUUGUAGUCCACUGGAAACCAAAAACAAUACUGAGAAAUCACUGAAAAGCAGGCCCUGUAAAUGUAGUUUUAGUGCUCAGGUAAUGGCAGGACAUUUUACUGUUGGGCAAUACACAAAUUAGUAUUUUAAAUAUUGUGUAAGUCCACUUUGUGCCACAAAACAGCUUGGAACUGCCCAAAGACCUCAAGGUAUGUUGUGAUAUCUGGCAGCAAUCCUUUAAGUCCUGUAAUUUGUGAGUUGGGGCCCUCCAUUGUGUAGAAUUGUUUAUACAUCACCUCCUCUAAAUGCUUGAUCGGAGUGAGAUAUGAGGAAUUUCGAGGCCAGGUCAAUUAUUCGUCAUGUUUCUCAAACCACCUGCAGUGUGGCUGGGUGGAUUAUUCUGCUGAAAGAGGCCACUGUCAUUAGGAAAUACUCUUACUCUGAAGGGGUGGGCUUAGUUUGCAUUGCAACAAUGCAUUGAUAGGUUGUACAUGUACAAGUAACUUGCACAUAAAUGCCCAAGGUUUCCCAGCAGGACAUUGCUCAUAGUAUCGCAAUGCCUCCGCUGUCUUACGCUUUGCCUAUAAUGCAACCUGGUGCCAUCUCUUCCCCAGGUAAGAAAAGCACACACCCACCCAUGCACACGAUCUAAAAGAAAAUGUGAUUCUUAAGAAUGGAUCACCUUUUUUAUGUUUCUCCUUGCUCCAGUUCAGAUGCUCACAUGCUCAUUACAGACAUUUUUGGCAGUGGACAUAAGUCUGUAGUCAUGCGGCCCCAUACACAAUCUGCAAUACAGUGUGUUUUGACACUGUUCCAUAAUAGACAACAUUAGAAUUUUCAGCAAUAACAGCUUUUUGGUGGGAUCAGAACAAAAAAGGCUUGUGUUUGCUCCCAUCUGCCCUGUGCAUUAAUGAGUCUUGGGAGUCCAUAACCCUGUCACAGUUUGACCAGUUCUUUCUUUGUCCAUCUUUGGUCAGUUCUAAAAUCUCCUAACCAGAAAAAUCAACAAGAGCUGCCGUUUUCUAGAUGCUUUGACCAAGUACACAGUUUGGCCAUCACAAUUGAGUCACUAAUCUUUAUAUUGUUUAUUUUUCCAACUGACUGUUCACUUGCUGCCUAAUAUAGCUCAACCUUUAACAAGUGCCACUUUAACAAGAUACAGGAUGUUAUUAUCUUUACUUGCUAAUGUUUUUGAUGGUAUGUGUGAUCAGUGUAAAUAAAAAGCCAGAGAAAAUGGUAGAAUUAAAUCAUGUUCUUACCAUAGUGGUGAAAAAGAAAAUACAAAUGUAACUGAUGCAUUUGGAAUAAUGCAUAGCUCCCUGCAAAACAGCUGCCAUGCAGUCAUAGUUCUUUUUUUACAAACUGGUAAAGAAAAGCAGUCCCUCUAUGUUCCUGAGAUUGCAGGUUUGAAUCUUGAUGUAUAAGAAAGUGAAUGGAUUGCACUGUCCUCUUAGUGUGCUCCCCCCUGCCACUGAAUAAGCAGCAGUACAAAAAGAUGCAGUCGGAGGAAGCAUGUGUUAGACUUUUCCUUACUGGGUUGGUAGCUGUUGUGUGUUAGGGGAGUGCUGCCCAGUGGGUUGGAAUUGGCCUUGAGUAAAUCAGUGAAAACAUACAGCAAGAAAGAUAUAAAUGGAGCUGUUACCUUUUUAGCCUACUAUUUAGUUCACACUUUAUGACUCAUUUAUAUAUUUCACAGCAACUGCAAUGUUGUUUCAUUUAUUAGAGAUCAAAGUUUAAUGUUAGCUGCUUUCCCACAAUAAGUGAGUAUAUAUAUCAUGCACACUGUCAGACCUGAACUGCCAGUUUAUCAUAAACAUGCGUUACUACUGCAUACGAUCAAAUAAAGUUUAUUAGCUCGGCAAAAUAAGCUUAGUGUGCACGAAGCCACUUUCCAUGUGUUGGUGGUAAACGAGACAUUUAUUACACAGAUGGUUUCUGAACAUGGGGGCGUGACAACAGGAAAAGAGGCAGCUGGAGUUGCUCUUUAAUGAACAAGGCAAUAUGGGCAUGGUAGCAACUUUCGAGACAGGACAUGAUGUAAGAGAUGGAUACUGCCUAAAACAUGCUGCUUUACCAUGGAACAAGACAUGCUUAAUGUACUGCGAUUUAUAGUGCGAGUGAACAAAAUGAUCAAUUUAAAUAAAAUAACACAUUUUACAGGAUUUCUUUUGUUUGGGAAUUUUCUAUUCGGAUUGCUGUCCUUUUUUACACUCGAGAAUACAGAAUAUCUGACAGUAUACACAGAGGUAGAAGUUGAAGCAACAAUCCCUUACCUUAUAAGUAAAAGCAAAUGUGGAUAUCUGUAUGACUAUGCAUCUCACUUUUGAUGACGUUAUUAUUUGAGUGCUAUAUAUUUUCACACCCACCUCUGAUUACGUCACAGCUUUGCACAUCGAAUUCUUUUUUCAAUAUGCUUUCAUCACUCCAUUGAUUCUGUGCAUCUAUACAGUACUGCCCUUUGUUAACUUUUCAUAUGCACUUAAAUAAAUCUUUUACAACAA